UCAGAGGACUGUGAGAAACCCACUGGCAACCAGUCUGUCUGUUCCAGAGGCCUGAGAGACACCAAGAAAGAUGGUCCAUAAGUCCAUAGUGGUGGGUCUGGUGGUGCUGCUGGUGGCUGCCGUGAGCACCUUCGUGGGUGUGUUCUUUGGGCUGGGGAGCAGGUCGACCUCAAAUGACCAUUCCUACUCCAGGGCUGCCGUGGCAGCUGAUGCUGGCCCAUGCUCAGAAAUCGGCAGAGACACAUUGCAAAAAGGUGGCUCUGCAGUGGAUGCAUCUAUUGCUGCCUUGCUGUGUGUUGGGCUGAUGAACGCCCACAGCAUGGGCAUUGGUGGAGGACUCUUCUUCACUAUCUAUGAUGCCAAAACUGGAAAGGUAGAGACCAUUGAUUCCAGGGAGACGGCUCCCGCCACCGCGACAGAGGACAUGUUUGGGAAUAGCACUCAUUUAGCCAAGAAAGGAGGGUUGUCCAUCGCCAUACCAGGGGAGAUCCGUGGGUACGAGCUGGCACACGAUCGCCAUGGAAAAUUGCCAUGGAGAGAGCUGUUCCAGCCUGCAAUCCAGUUGGCACGGAAGGGCUUUCCUUUGGGCAGGGCAUUGGCCACUGCUAUCUCCAAGAACAGAAAAACCAUCACUAGUGACACAGCUUUAUGUGAGGUGUUUUGUGACAAAAAUGGUGCCAUCCUGAAGGAAAACGACACCAUCACCUUUACUAAACUUGCUGACACCUAUGAAACAAUAGCAAAUGAGGGGCCUAAUGCUUUUUACGAGGGCCCACUGGCAGAGAACCUUGUGAGGGACAUUCAGUCAGCAGAUGGUAUCAUCACACUGGAUGACCUAAAGAACUACAAGCCUUUUUUGGAUGAGAGUCCUCUCAAUUCUAAUGUGGGGGAGUACAUCAUGUAUGUGCCCAACGCCCCAGCCAGUGGCCCUGUCCUGUCCCUCGUACUCAACAUCCUGGAUGGAUACAACUUCACCUCAGACAGUGUCUCCAGCACUGAGAAGAAGAUCCUCACGUACCACCGCAUGGUUGAGGCCUUCCGAUUUGCUUAUGCCAAGCGAAGCAUGCUGGGAGAUCCAAACUUCCUCAGCAUCUCUGAUCUCAUCCGCAACAUGACCUCAGACUACUUUGCCGAUGCCCUCCGUCAGAAGAUUACAGAUGAUACCACCCAUCACAUGAACUACUAUGAGCCAGAGUACUUUGUCCCCGAGAACCACGGGACAGCACAUCUGUCUGUGGUGGCAGAGGACGGAAGUGCAGUGGCAGCCACCAGCACCAUCAAUCAAUUUUUUGGCUCCAAAGUCAUGUCACAAUCUACAGGAAUCCUCCUCAACAAUGAGAUGGAUGACUUCAGCUCCCCUUUCAUCACCAAUGGCUUUGGAGUGCCUCCUUCACCAAACAACUUCAUCAGACCAGGUAAGAGGCCCUUGUCUUCUAUGUGUCCAGCCAUUCUCUUUGACAAGAGGAGCAACAAUGUCAAGAUGGUGGUGGGGGGCUCAGGAGGAACAAAGAUCACCACGGCAACUGCCACGGUGAUUCUCAACACGCUGUACUUUAACUACGACCUGAAGAAAGCUGUGGCAGAUCCUAGAAUCCACAACCAGCUGAGUCCUAACACCACACUGGGAGAGCCCGGGUUUGACGAGAUGGUGAUGGCAGGUCUGGCUUUGAAGAACCAUGAGACAGAGUUCCUGACAGCCACAGGGGCUGUGGUUCAGGCAGUGGUGCGCCAGGGAGACCGGCUCCAUGCUGAAUCCGACCCCAGGAAAUGGAGCUACGCUGCUGGGUACUGAGACCAACCACAGACCCCUGCUCCCACGAACUGAGGCAAACCACACACCUCUGCUCCCACAGACAGGCUGGCUGAUUGGGCUUCUGAUUCAGAUGAAAGCCACCUCUACAAUAAGGCUAUGACAAUACCAGUAUCGCAAUAUUUUUUCCAUGGCAAAAAUGAAUACACGAAGCAGAUCUCUCUUUGGUACUUUACAAACCUGCUGUACUGUAUGUUAAAUAUUGUGUGCUGUAGAUAGAAAACAUAAACAUCAGACUCUGGAUGACAACAUAAUGAUAUUUGUUUCCAACAUUAGGGCUGUUUUCCUGAAGAAGUUAAUCCGCUUCGCGAUACUGGUAUCGUCCUGGCCCUACUCUAUAGACUAUAUUACAAACCAAGAGAAAAACAUUCAGAUUCCUGUCAUCUCAGCAUAGACCUACGACCAACAGUAUGACCUUAGUCCUUUCUUAUUCAAAGUAACUGUGCCAACACUAUAUCAAUGUUUUUCUUUCACUGCAAUCUUUUCAUGGAUGAUUUUCAGUCAGGAUUUUCAUUUUGAGAUAAUAUAUUAUGAUAAUCACUGUUUGCCUUAAACCAAAUAUUAUAUAUUUUUUAUUUGUGUUGCUUUUGAGAAGACAUGUUAUUGGUUCAAGAUAAAUAAUUCACAAGCCAUACCCAUAUAACAGUUUUAUGAUGUAAUGUUAACAAGACUGCAACAAUCUUAUAAGCAUUGACCAACAAUGAAAACACAGGAAGACAGAAACAAAGUUUAAAAUAAUAACAGAGGGCUUACUUCAUGGUUCAAUUGUUCUCAUGAUACGACUGCAAAGUGCAAUGUUUGUUUGCCAUUUGUUAAUUUAUGUUGGUAAAGUACACCAUGUAGGCUAUACUAAUAAAUAGAUUCGCCCACA